AUCAAGGCUCUACUAUAGGCUGUUGUUGGUCCCCCAGCUCUCCUUCCGGUUCCGGCACGGCCAAUUCCAAGAUGGAGAUGGUGAGAGCAUGCAUGCGGCCUGCCGCCUCCGCGUCCUCGGGGCCCCGCGUGCUCGUGCUCGGCGGGACUGGCCGUGUCGGCGGCUCAAUGGCCACCGCGCUCUCCCAGCUCCGGCCCGACCUCAACAUCCUCAUCGGCGGAAGGAACCGGGAGAAAGGUAUGUCGCUGGUAUCUAAGCUCGGAGAACGAUCUGAGUUCAUCCACGUUGAUAUUCGCAAUACAAGCAGGCUGAAAGCCGUGUUGGAGGGUGUGGAUUUGGUGGUUCAUGCGGCUGGACCAUUCCAGAGGGAUGACAAAUACACAGUCCUGCAGGCAGCAAUAUUUACCAAGACAAGGUACACUGAUAUCUGCGAUGGAGUGGACUAUUCAUGGAGGGCAAAAUCUUUCCAUGAACAAGCAAGAGCUUCCGGCGUCCCAGCUCUCAUAACUGCAGGGAUAUCUCCUGGAGUGAGCAAUGUGAUGGCAGCUGAGCUUGUACGUACUGCAAAAGGCGAGAGUGGUGGUGAACCAGAAACACUCAGCCUUGGUCAAGCCUAUCUUACUAAAUCCUCCUACAGAUUCUUCUAUUACAUUGCAAGUACAGGUGGUGCAGGUCCAACUACGUUGGGCACAAGCUUGUUACUUCUUGGGGAGGAUGUAAUUGCCUAUGAUAAAGGCUCCCUUGCAUUUGGACUUGCUGUCCUUUUUUUUAUAAUAUUCAGUGAAUAUAUAGAAAUGAACCUCGCCUUGCCUGAUCUUUUUAUGAACAAACCCAGGGAGCGAAAUCAAACUAAAACCCUACAGUGGAGCUCGCAACAUUGAUUUUGGAAAAGGGAUUGGGAAGAAAUAUGUUUACUUGAUGAACUUACCGGAGGUGAAGAGCACACACAAAAAUUUAGGUCUGCCAACUGUUCGUGCUCGAUUUGGUUCAGAUCCUUUCAUCUGGAAUUGGGGAAUGGAAACGUUCGCAAACUUCUUGCCUUUUGUAUGUGUUAUUUCUCAAAUUAACUACUACCUCCGACCUGGUUUA